AUGAUGAAUUAUCAACAAGAUGAAAGUAUCAGAGAUCUCAAUGUCGCACUUCAAAGAGUUUUAUUGGCGUUUCCUGGCAACAGUGGUCACCAAUUAAUUCAAGAUACCGUUCGAAGAGCUAUCAACGCAUCUGCAUCGGAAUCACAAUUUCCAACACCAGCAUGCAUUCAAACGGAAGAGGAAUCGAAACAUUUCGAUCAAUUACGUAACUUCAUCGACAACCUUGUCUUGACAGUAACGCCUCAAGCUCUUCCAGCUUCCUCAUCGACAUCAUCAUCAAGUCGGCCAACUUCCGAACACAACAAGCGGAAAUCUCUCGAUGAUCCGGAACAUGAUGCCAAGUUGUCACGGAGAAAGUUGUCAAAAGCAGAGCAGGAAGCAGCGGGAGCUUUGCAAGAAUUAUCAGCCGGUGUUUAA